GUGAUGGGACGAGGCAGAGAACAAAGAAGCUUCUAGCUUUCCACAGGUUGGCUCGCUUGAAUCGGAUGUUCGAUCUCUAAACGGCCUCCUCAGACAAUUUAAUAUCUGAACUGAAUAUUCUUGUGAAAUAAAACAUGGCCUUCUAGGGUUUUCCUAGACAAACUGCAUCUUGUCCUCGAACAAUGCAUGAAUUCUCCGCUUUUGACGGCUUUUUGGAUAUAACAGAGUGCUUGGCAGAGAUGAUUAAAUAUGUGGCAAAUGAACCCUCAGUAGGGCUUUUCUAUGUUCAGCAGCAUGCUCAAAAUGCAGUGCCAAAUGUCGUUCGUCUCACGAAUAACGUUGUGGAUAAAUCUCAUGAAACAACUUUGCAUACUGAAGAUUCCGAGGAUUCAAUAACCAUGGUGAGGACUAUGAAAGAAUGCGGAUUCCCCAUUGCAGAUGAGAUGAUUAGGGACAUAAAGAAAUCUUUGUUGAUCAUGUCUACGAAACAACCAAGAAGAGGGUUAAUUCAUGACUUGAGAUCUGGUCUUCGAAUGGAUAGAACAAGCUCCUGGGGACCAUCCAGUUGGGUUCGUCCUGGAUUUUACGGUCAGCAGGACACUGAAAAGAGUGGCUACUUAUCAACUGUAUUUAAGUCUGCAAAACAGAAGGCAAGCAAUUUCAAGUGGCCACAACUUGAUUCAACAGAAGUCGUCCAAACAAAGGAUGAGAAGCUGCUGCACUAUCCCGAGCAACCAUUAACAGUUGCAUCUGCGGCAAGCACUAAUUCAUCUCUGCCAGAUGUGGAACACAAUGAACUGCCCUUUUCAAGUCAGAUUGCAGAUGAACCACAAGAAGAACAAAUAGACAUGAGUUCGUCGUUCCAUAGUUCAAUACCAGUAUUGGAGAACUAUGACGAGUUCAAGGCAGAUAAAGAAGCCAAAUUAGAGGAGUGGUUAGGAGAUAAUGGCAACCUGGAUAAUCGUGGAGGCGAAAGUGAUUCAGGAGCAAUUUAACUUCAAGUCUUGACAACAUACAGUACAGAUACUGAAGAUGUUAGACUGUAUAUACUGAUGUUUAUUACUUGAUUAUCUGCUCUUGACGAUUUGUGUACAAUUUGAUCUGUUGUAACAAUGUUAUUCAAGUAUUUUUUUCCCCUUUUACGGGGAAUGUUUAAUGGUGUGGUUGGUGUUUUAUCAAUGGUAACAAGAGGAAAAGAAAAUAAUAAUAAUAAG